UAGCUCCUGUAUUGAGGACUCAGAGGAGCUCUUCCAGGAAAGGGGCGUGGUCUGGAUGGUGUAUAAAUAGGUCCACCUGUAUGAGACAGGCAGUCUUACAGCAGGCGCCUAACGGUCUUUUCAGGAGGGACACAGUUAUACUGGCUGCGUAUUCAAGUCUAACCUGUCUGGACGGUUCUCUGUUUCCACACCAUGAAGUCUCUGACCGCUGGACUCUGCCUGCUGGCCAUGCUGGCCUCCACAAUGGCCCAGGCAAGUAGCACAGCGGCUGCAGGCAGCACCAACGCAAAGCAAUCAAGCACCGCCACCGCAGCGCCAUCAACCAACUCCACCUCAACACCAGUUAACAGCACCACCGCAGCACCUGCAAACAGCUCCACUGCAGCACCUUCUAACAGCACCACGGUGAUACCAUCUAACAGCACCACUGUGAUACCAUCAAACAGCACCACUGUGAUACCAUCAAACAGCACUGCGGUGACGACUUCAAAUGUUACCACCGCCACUCAGAGCACAACAAAAUCCAGCAGUCCUGAUGCUAAAGCUACGCUAAUGACCUGCAUCCUGCCUGCUCUUUAUCUGCUGUGGAACUGAACGUUAACUGAGCUUAUGAUGAACUAACUCAGCACCCCGGGGACUGUGACCCCCCCCCACCCCCAAACCAUAAAGACUGCCUGUUGGACUUUCAGUGUUUUGGAAAAGUUGCUGAUGUUUUGGCCGAGCUGACCGAAACUGAAUGACGCAAAACACUGUUUUCCAGAAUCUGUAGUACUGUAUGAUGAGCGUUGAUACAUCAUAUUUAUAUUUUUAUCUCUUUCUGAAAGAAUUUUCUUGGAGAAUCAUGAAUGCCUAAAUAUGUUGUAAAAUCACCAAUAAUGAAUAAAUCUACAGGCGAAAUCAUCAAA